CCGUGCGGCGUAGUGAUCUCGCAGUUGUGAAGGGCAAGGUUAGGUGAGGACGACCCACAGCGGGAUAAGAGUGCACCAUCGUCUUGACAGUACGACGCCACAUUGGACGUAUCGCUGUGGACAUGUUUACAAUUUUUUUAUAAGGUUCUGAAGUGCAAGAUUGUGAAGGAAAAUAAGAUGGCGAAAGCGGAACCUGCUGAAGUCGGCCAAGCCAAGUCCCAAGGUACCCCCGCGCCACGCCCACCUGAUGGGGGUUGGGGCUGGGUCGUCACGUUCUCCUCCUUCAUGAUCAGCGUGCUCGUGGACGGCGUGUGCUUCAGUCAGGGCAUCUUCUUCAACAGGUUCAUGGAACACUUCGGCGCCAACAAGGCCACGACCUCCUGGAUCGGCUCCGUCCUGAACGGCUCCUACCUCAUUAUCGGGCCUGGGGUCAGCAUGCUGGUCAACAAGUACGGCUGUCGUCCUGUCGCCAUCACCGGGGCUGUCGUGUCGUCCGUAUCCCUGUUUGUCUCCACCUUCUCCACGAACAUCGCCCUCCUCACCUUCAUCUACGGCUUCAUGGGAGGCCUGGGCUUCGGGCUGAUGUAUCUUCCUGCUAUAGUCAUGGUGGGCUACUACUUCGACAAGAGGCGAGCUCUAGCCACGGGCAUUGCGUGCUGUGGUUCCGGUAUCGGCACCUUCGUCUUCGCCCCGCUCUCGGAGUUCCUCCUGGGCGAGUACAACUGGCAAGGCACCACCUGGAUCAUGUCCGGUCUCGUGCUCAACGGCGCCAUCUUUAGCAUGUUCUACCGCCCUCUACCGGCGGCUACAUGCGCGCACAGUGACAAUUCCGACAUGCAGCUUGCGGAGAUGGGAGACAACAAACCAAUAUAUUCCAAAAACAGAAAAGACGCUGAACCAAUGGUUAGAAGUCGAUCUUACGACAUGAACUUAAAUAAGCCUCUCAAUGGUCAGGUGUCGGUGAUUAAAGGAGAAAGUGAUAUAGCUAGACUUGCUCACAGUCAUGGGACGUUAGUUCAGGGCGGAAAGCAUGGGCACCAAGGACAUAAACACUCCUAUCUGCAACCCCUGGAGAGAAAAGAUAUAUUCUAUAGUGGGAGUAUCAAGAACCUGAAGGAGUUUACACAGGCUGGCUCAGAGAAGGAGUAUACCCAGGCGGUGUUCACCUCCCACCAGUCUCUGCAGCCGGGGAGGGGCGCGGAGGAGGAGGAGGAUCUAUCUCCAUGUACACGUGCCGCGCGGGGACUGUUUUCUGUGUUCGACAUCUCACUUCUUAAAAGUCCGACAUUUUUACUGUAUGGGAUUUCGUGCUUCCUGUGUAUGAUGGGCUUCUUCGUGCCCUUCACCUACAUCCCCCCUAUGGCCCUGGACAUGGAUAUCUCUCUGAAAGACGCAGCAUUCCUCAUCUCCAUCAUCGGCAUCACCAACACCGUGGGCAGGGUCGUCGUGGGCUUCGUCUCCGACCAGACGUGGGCUGAUUGCCUCCUCAUCAACAACAUAGCCCUCAUCAUUGCUGGCGUUGCUACGAUACUGGUUCCGUUCUAUGGCAGCUACGGUCUGCUGUCCGCUUACGUAGCAAUCUUCGGUCUUGGGAUAGCGGUGUUCGUGUCGCUGAGGUCCAUCAUCAUGGUAGAGCUGAUGGGGCUGGAGAGACUGACCAGCGCCUUCGGACUGGUCAUCAUGUUCCAGGGAAUGUCGUCCUAUAUCGGGGCGCCUAUAGCAGGUGCUAUCGCGGACACGUUCGGUAGUUACAACGCCGCAUUCUACCUGUCCGGGGCAACGCUAGCCAUGUCUGGUAUAAUCUGUCUUCCUUUGCGGAAGUUGGCUGCCUGGGAGAGAUCGCGAGAACAGCAACACGUCACUGGAGCGGAGACACACGCAAUGCUGGACUCUCACUGACAGAAGCAGCCGUGAACUGAACCGUGCUUGCUGCAUAGUGGGAGUUCGGUGUGAGAAUAUAUAUUCACGGGCAAAAGAAAGUAUACACUUGAAAAUUGGAUUUCACCGAAACGUUACAAACGUCAUUAAUAGUUACAGUCGCCGAAACACUGCACUGGUCAGGGCCGAAACACUGCACACGUCAUCGCCGAAACACUGCACUGGUCAGGGCCGAAACAUUGCACACGUCAGGGCCGAAACACAACUUCGAUGAAAUACAUCAACAUCGGAUAAUUA